UAUUCCCAGUCUGGCAUGCUCUGCCCCUCGCUGGCUUGAACUCUGCGUUUCAUAGCUCUCGUAUCACGCGUAUGAGGACGACUUCAUCUGCUCAAGCUGGUCAGUGUACAGUCAGCGGACUUGAGAGCUUCAAGCCUUAAGCUUUCAACGUGCUACAUGGGCAUAACCAAGCAACGUAUAUCCUCAUCUUUACUGCAAGCGGCGUCUAGCAUCUCGUUGCUCGACUAGGUAAGACUGUGUAACUUUCCAGCGCCAAUCUUGCAGAGACACUGCAAGUAGAUUCCACCAUUGCACAUACCCUUUCGAAGACGACAGAUAAACUCACCAACUCCAUCGUGCUGCUUUACUUCUCUUAUCCUCUCGGAAGUUUUCUGAGUGUUUCGACUCUACCUCCGCCAGUAUACUUGCCAUGACUCAUACACCAUACAUCCAACCUGUCCAACAUCACAAUCUCCUAACUCCAUCCAAACUCCUCAUCCACCAUGCCACGUACAGCCCUCUUCGUAGUCGACAUCCAAGUCUCCUUAGCUUCAAACAGCUCAACCGAAAUACCGGCCGCAGCACGCAUCCGCGAAGCCGGAACGAGCAUCCUACAACGAGCACGUCAAGCCAUUGACACGGCGUGUGAACAGGGAAGAGAACCAGACUUGGAAAUUGUGUUUGUGCAGCACGAGGAGGUUGCGGAAAAAGGUGAUUUGGUGAGAGGGAGUGAGGCGUGGGAGUUGGUGUUUAAGCCAAGGGAGGGGGAUGUGUGGGAGAGGCUUGUAGGGAAGGACGUCCGUGAUACUUUCGAGUCCAACCCUCAGCUUGCCGCCCGGCUGAAGAACUCGGGUAUAGACACGAUGGUAGCCUUUGGUAUACAAAGUGAAUGCUGCGUCCUUUCAACGUGCAGAGGUGCUCUAGCCGCUGGAUUUAAAGUCGUCUUGCUGGAAGGUGCGCAUUCUACUUACGACGUUGAUGGUAAAACUGCAAAAGAGGUUGAAAUGGACGUAGAGUUGAUGCUCAAGAGCGCAGGCGCUGACGUGGAAGGCUGGAAGGUGUGGAAGCCGGUAGCUUAACAUAUGUAAGAGUAGGCAAACAGUGUAUAAAGAGGCUCGUAUCGUUGACUU